UUGACAUGAUUGUUUGGACUUGGUUGAUUUUCCAAAGAAUAAUUUAUUGCAUAGUUUGGAUUUAUUGGAAUAAUGAAACUGAAUAUCGUGACGCAAUUUAUCCUUGGUGGCAACGAGUUUGGUCAUUGUAUUAUCCACCACCAAUGCAACCACCGGUUCUCUCUGCCGGCCUCAUUAGCUGGAUCAUUUCAAUGUUCUUAUCAGUUUUGGGGUUAGGUUGUGCCAUUUCUACGAGUCGUGUCAAGGAAAUUUGUAAUGAUUUUUCAAUCGUUCUACAAGAUUCGUUUAUUAUGGUAAAAAAUUAUAUCGAACAUCUGAUGAAAAGGUUACGUGAGGUUGCAUUAUCCAGUGAAAGCGACAAAUCGUCUUGUGAUGGUGCUGACGAAAGUGAUAUUAGUUCCUUAUGUGAAGAUUUUCGUUCGGAAAUAUCGAGUGAGAUCAAACAAACAAAACGUCAACAGGUAUAUCCGAUUUGUUAUGGAACAAAUUGGGCACCCAAGCCGAAUUUUAUAAAUUUUGGGAAAGAGGCACAGAGAAAAGCUUCGAUGAAAUCUGUGCAUACUGUAACUGGUGCUACGGAAACUCAACGGGCAGAACAAUUUUCUCCGAAAUGUCACAAACGUGGCUGUCAAACAGCGAUUCCGACCAAUUCUAGUGACAAAUCAAGCGGAUAUUAAAAAUUUUAUAUAU